AUGGCAGGCGGUCCCAGCUCCAGUGGCCUCAUCGGAAAUGGGCGGUGGGAGAUGGGGGCCAGGAUUGCUCGGCACGAUGAGAUUGCUGUGUACGCUGCUGAAACCCUAGAGACUGGAGAGAUGGUGGCCAUCAAGUUGGAGCCGGAGACGGCGCGUAACCCGCACCUGCUGCAAGAAUACAAGAGCUACCGCAAGCUGGAGAAGGAGAACAUGCCCGGCAUUCCGAGGCCUCGAGCAGGGUUCAGCGAGAAGGGCUACAACGUUCUGGUCAUGGACUUGCUGGGCCCCACUCUGGAGGACCUGUGGAUUCUGUGCAACAGGACGUUCACCCCGCGCACCGUCACCCUCCUUGCCGACCACCUCAUCACGCGCAUUGAGGACUUGCACAGCCGGGGCUACGUCUGGAGGGGGGUUCGGCCGGACAACUUCUGCAUGGGGCUUGGAGACAAGUGCUCGGAGGUGUUCAUGAUCGACCUGAGCCUGUGCACUCCGUUCCUGGACAAGACGGGCGCACACGUCGAGUACAAGGAGAACCUGUCCCCGGUCGGGUCCGCGUACUGGCUGUCCCAGAACGCGCACUUUGGCAUCGAGCAGAGCCGGCGGGACGACCUCGAGUCGCUGGGCUACGUCCUGCUCUACUUCCUCAAGGGAUGGUUGCCGUGGCACGAGAUCGACAGCGCGAAGCGGCACCUGCUGCUGGAGAAGGUGCAGAACAAAAAGGUGGAGACCACGCUCGAGGAGCUGUGCGAGGGCCAGCCGGAGGAGUAUUUGACGUUCCUGGAGUACACACGCAGCCUGGAGUUCGACCAAAAGCCCGACUACGACUUCCUGCGCUCCCUCUUCCGCGACCUCGCAGACACCGAAGGCUGGAAGGCAGAUGGCCUAUUCGACUGGCACCACUUGGACGUCCUGAAGGAGGGCGCCAUCCCCGCGCCCACACGCAAGACCCAUUUCACGACCAAGGACCUGUCCAAGACCAAGCCCGUCUUCCUCAACCAAGCAGCAGAGACGUACUUGCUGCGCCGCUUCUUCGACGACUGCGCGCGCGUGUACGAGCGCUCCCCGAGCGGCCUGACGGACGAGGCGGGCGACCGCCACGUGUCGGGCCCGGUGCGCUACACCACCACCGUGGCCCCGCCGCCCCCCAACAAGCCGCGAGGCGCCCGCGAGAGGAAGGACGUCCCGCCCGCCAAGCCCGCCGCACCGCCACCGCAACCGGGACAGCCGAAGCGGAGGUGGGAAACCGUGGCCCCGGCCCCCCCAACGCCGCAGAGGGGGAACACGCCGCCCAUUCUGGCAGCCCAGCGGGAGAGCACUCCACCUGGCCCGGCGCCCCAAUGGGGAGGGACUCCACCCGUUUCGGCACUGCAGCGUGGGGGAACUCCGCCCGUCCAAGCAGCGCAGCGGGAGGAAACUCCGCCGGUCCCGGCAUGGCCGCCGGCUGCGGCCGGUGUUGCCGAGGACGCGGAAAAGAAGGAGGACGGGAAGGACGAGAUGACGGCAACGGAACGGUUCCUGCUCGAGAAGUUUGGGAUCUGA